AUGGGUGGUGGCGGUGGACAACCUGACAAUAAUGAGGAGGACGUGGUACCCGCUACAGCGAGUAUGGGUGGUGGCGGUGGACAACCUGACAAUAAUGAGGAGGACGUGGUACCCGCUACAGCGAGUAUGGGUGGUGGCGGUGGGCAACCUGACAAUAAUGAGGAGCUUCCCCGUGAAGAUACAAAGUGUCCACUUGAAAAGCUGUCUUGCUUAGAUAAGAAUGGCCUUCCGAGGGACUUCGAAAAACUGCUUGACAAGUUGCGUAAGGUCAAGGAUUUGCGAAACAAAAUAAUGCACGGGUUCGAAGUAACAUUGAACCAUCACAAAUUCAGCGAUUUGGAGACUGCCCUUUCAGAGCUAAUUGAAGAAGCAGAAAGGGUGUAUUCACUGUCACAGUCCGAAGUUGAAGAUCAGAAAAAAAAUUUGCAUGAUGACUUCGAAAGACUGCAGACUCUGGACAAAAAGAGCAUUUAUUACUGGUGUACAAGAUUGACUAUGUCAGGAAAACUGGUCGUGAAGAACCUCUGGAGAAUUAAACUAACCGAAGAGACCCUCCCGCUUGACAACAGCAUUGUGCAGCGUAAGGAAGUAUUUCAUUCUCUCGACGUGAUGGUGAGACGAGCAAGAAGUGAUGGCCCUAAAGGUCAAGUUCUUCCGUACCCCGAAAUUUUCAAGGCUCCUGAGAAGGCAAUUAUAAUAUCCGGUGUUGCUGGUGCCGGUAAGACUUCUCUUCUAAAAAACAUCGUGCUUCAGUUUUUCGAGCUACAGGAAGGAAAUGCUGAUUACCUGCGACAAUUUGACCAGCUCAUCCUGUUUGAGUGCAGGGAUCGUACCACAGAAACCCUGGCUGAUGUCAUCGAGCAGCACUUUGAGGAUCUGUGUAGGGAAUUAGAGGGUAAACGAAUCGUCCUUGAUGCCCUUUUACGUCUAGACGCCCUUAUUGUCAUCGAUGGGUACGACGAAGUAAACAAAGUUUCAACCAACGUAGUGAGAGAGAUCAUCAAGAAGACGUCAAGCAGUAACUGCCGGGUGCUGAUCACGACUCGUCCUCACAGUGCGGAGAAUCUGGAAAAACUUCUUGCUACUAACGAUGUCAUUUCUACCGAAUUCGAGAUCAAGCCGCUCACUGAGCUGGUUGAGCAGUUGGAAUUUUUGACAAGGUAUGAGAAGGGUUUGGGAAUCACAGAAGGUGAGAUGACAGAAAGCUUCAAAACGCUGAAUAUAGAUGUCAGAAUUCUGUUCACCGAGCCCAUCAACUUAAUUCUUUUCUGCGACAUGCAUAAGCACAUGCCUGAGACAAUCUCGUCGUGGGAACAGCCCGGGGACGUGGCGAAUGAUAUUCUACGCUUGUAUAAGAAGCUUGUCACCAUAAAGCUUGCUGAUGUGACUCAUCUUGAAUGCGAUGUCAUGUUAGACGAUCUGUUUGUUGUCAUUGGUAAAGCAGCGUUGGACUUUAUUCGUGAAAACGCUGUAACUUUCUCGGAAAAAGAACUGCUUCAGGUUAAACGAAAAUGCAUUCCAAUACUGAAUAACACGGUGGAGUGUAGCUCAGAAAUUAUCCUCUCGGUGGUGCUUAAAGUAAACAGACCACUUUCUGGGGCCGGAGAAACCACCUACACUUUCCAUCACAAAUCUAUCCAAGAAAUGUUUGCUGCUGAAUUUAUUGUGCAGCGCAUCCUAGCCAGCAAUGACAGCCUGAAGAGUAUCCUGGAUGCCAAGCCUGAGGAAAUGAGAAGCCUGCGCGAAGUACUGCAGUACGCGGUGCAGGGCCUCAGCCGCUGCAAGCCUCGCCUCUUGGAGAGACGCUGGCCAGAGCUGGAGCAGGCGCUGCGUGACGCCGGCGUCGUCUCUGCCGCCGACUGGGAGGAGUGUCUCCGCAUCUGCCCUGACGUUGAGCAGGUCGCCAAGCCUGCCGCUCUUAGCAAACUCAAAAGAAGCAAGACGUGGCAUGUUGAAACAGGACGCGAUGUAGCGCUGGUCGCAGCUAUGUUGCCAUACGCACAACCUGACCUCCUGGAGGUGAACAUCAAACCUGACGCCCCAAGCAAGAGGCGGUGGGCAGAACUUGUGCAGCGUCGCGUUGGGCCCGUCCUUCUUGAGCUGCAGAACCCUGCCGGUGAUGAAUACAAGAGCAACGACGACCUCCUCCUGCCGAUGCUUGGCACAAGGGUGAGGCUGGUGCACUUCGAAGGCUGCGUGGGCACCUGCGCUGGGACGGCGGCCCUCGCAUCCGUUGCCCGCGGCGCUGUCCUCCGCAUCCGCAUGGCGGCACCCCUAGACCUCAGCGCCCUCAAGACGACAUGCUGGAGGAAAUAUGUCCACAAGAAAAGAUAUAAGCUCCUCACGGUGUACACGCGCCCCCUCCCGCCCCCUUGCCACUCUUCCCCCACGUGGCCACUGCCUCCCUCCCCCCCGCCAGAGCUGUACGUGGAGGGGGCGGAUGAGGGGUCCUGGGGGGCCGUGGCCCACACCGUCACUUCCCUCGCCCCCCCUGGCAAAAGGUUCUUACAGCUGUGGCUGCGGGGCAGCAGGCUGAAAUCUGUGGAGUUUCCGCCGCUGCUUCGGGCGCUGCACGACGCCGGCGCGCGGACGGGCGACGGGGGCGACGGAGGCAACACGCGCGCCGAGGUCUGGAGGGGGUAUGUCCGCCUCCACAUCGAGGACCGCGCGCCCCCAAGGGAACCAGCGGUGCCCAGUGACGCCAAACUGCUGGCGGCAUAUCAAGAAUACUUGCGCCUACGAAGACAAUAAUGUGUGUUUUGUGUGGGAUUAAUGAGAUUUUGUGUGUUUUGUGUGGGAUUAAUGACGAGUGCAUGUCAUUCGCUUCACUGUCAUUAAUAUAUAACCUAGCUCACGGCCUAGCCAGUCCAUCUGCAGUUCGAUAUAAUUUUAUAUAAUUAUUGGUCUGUGGUUUCAUUUGUAACACAAUUAGUUUGAUAUUUUGUUGAACGAAUUUUUUAUUUGUGAACAUAAUUCUUGUAUUGCUGCAGGGCAGAGCAGAGUCGCUAUACCCGCUUGCUCCUCAAGUCUUGCUGGCGUCUCACCUGAAUGAUGGUGCCGAUAUGGUGAAUGAUGAUGGUUAAGACAAAGUAAAGUAAAUAUGUUCUUAAAUGUCAAGACUAACUGAAAAUAAGUGAGGGAAGAGAGACAGAGAUAGAGAAGGUGCGAGAUGCUAACUGCUGGUCUCAAUCCGUGGCCAUGUCUGCACUUCAGAAUUUAUUUGCCGACUCCAGGGUAUGUUCUAUUAUGGAUUAGAAUUUAGAUUACGUUUAGCGGAAUAUCCAAAAGGGUUAAUUUAAACUGAUAAGUGCACUUAGGUUAACAGUGUGCGAUUAUCAGAGGAAAUUUUACUCUUCGCUGCAAGGAUCGCAAUCUUUUGGCUCGUACGCUACCAUAUUGAAUUUUUUUGUGAUGUAGCAGGAAAAAUCUUUGUGGGCGUUGUGGAGUAUAAUUUUAAAUAACUAUUAGCUAAUUAUGUUGGUAUAAAUCUUUCGAUAUAUAUAUAAAUAAAUAUGAACUUGUCAUUCCUGAGCUUGUAAAAUUGUCUGAAGUGUUGAUGCUGAGAUCAGGAAAUGGAUAGAUUGCGGGAUUGUCAAGAAAUGAACCCGUCAAUGGGCAUCGCCUGUGGUGAUCGUUCAAAAUUGUGAUGUUUCAUUGCGUUUGACCGUCGAUUUUUGGAAAGUCAAUAAUUUUCUCAAAGCAGAUAAGUUUUCCAAUGCCGAAUGCUGAAAGGUGUGGAUAAUUAGACUCAAAAUGAAGCUAAGUACAUUGAGAAACUAGAUUUACCUUUAAGCAUUUCUAUACAUGGCUUGGACUGAAUACUUAAUUAAUUUUACUUCUUUUGGUAUUUAUAAUGAUCAGUACGAAUUCAAUGUUGCCUAUGUUAGAACAUGUGUAGAUUUAUUUGAAAUACUUGAAAUGAUUAUUUGAUUUUGAUUUGCUUAUUUGUAUUUGUGUCUUGAUGUGUUGUAACAUCCAUUUAUUAGCGUUACGUUGCCAUCCCUGUAGUUAUAAGAGCGGAGUGAGCCUCUUAUUGCUCACGUCGUCCGCCAGGGCGUUUCUCGCCACCAGUUACAUUGUACGAUAUAUAUAUAGUGGCAUUCUUGCCACCAGUUACAUUCUACGGUACAUAUAGUGGCAUUCUCGCCACCAGUUACAUUGUACGAUAUAUAUAUAGUGGCAUUCUUGCCACCAGUUACAUUCUACGGUACAUAUAGUGGCAUUCUCGCCGCCAGUUGCAUUCUACGAUAUAUAUAGUGGCCUUUUCACCAACAGUUGAAUUCUACGAUAUAUAUAGUGGCAUUCUCGCCACCAGUUACAUUCUACAAUAUAUAUAGUGGCAUUCAAGUAAAGGCUGCUCGUUUUGUGCGUGGAAUUAUUAUUACAUGUGGGAUUAUUUAGACUUUCUAUUUUAUGUGGGAUUUAAUAAACCGUAUAUGUACAAUACAUGGCAUCAAUUAUUCUAAUAAACACGUGAUUAAAUUUGC